ACAGAAAAUGUGUACGAAUGACCGGCAAUAAUUCAGUCACUGAAAUUAUCCAUGAAACUAGCAAAGUAAUUCCUAAAUGCAUGUAGAUUAAAGAAAAUUAUUUUACCUGGAUAUGAUUGUCUCUGAUGAGCCUAAGGUACCAAACAUUCCAGCGACAAUGAUAUCGGUUUUGUAGCUCCUCGAAAUUAAAACAAUACACAACCACACAGAGCGACAUUUCUUGGUCCAUUUUUCAGUUUUCAUGCUGUGGUCUUAGCGAGCAGAAAAAAUGGAAGUAAGGGCAGACUUGAACAAAGGUUAGAAGGCCAAUUUUACAGCCGGUCACUUCCAUCCUACCCUGUCAUAGGAUCCUUCGGAGCGUCCUUCCCCUGAAUUGGGACACAGCCAGUGUGUGUUCAUUUAUUUCUUGUCCAAGCGUCUGUUACUUUACCUUGUUUCCAUGUCGUGCUUCCAAGUUUCUGAACUCAUUCCAGGUUUCGACACCUGUAUCUAUGUCCAUUUCCAUGUUCCAGGGUUUUGUUAUGUUUAGCUCACCCAGCUUAGAUUAUGAUUUAGUUCUGCCCUUUGCUUUGUAUUUCUAAGUCCAGCCUUUAAUAAACGGUCGUUCAGUUAAUAUGAAGUUUUGUUAUUUUGCGUGUCUGCACUUGGGUCCACCUUCAUCACUCCUUACAGUCUGCCUCAGCCAGACUGUGAACGACAGUACUGGUUGUCAGGAUCCAAUAUUAUCAUGCAUUUGAAUAAAGGCCUCAUCAUACUGUAUGUGGAAUUGUAUGACAUAGGCAGGAUCAGCUGGGUGUGUAAGUCCAAUUAGGUUUGACAAUGUCCUCUCUAUGGCUUCAUUGUCCUGCUCUGACUCUCUCACUCCAGCCUCUUUCUCCUGACUUGCCCUUUGCUCUACAUCCUCUCUAGGCUCUGCCUGUGACUCACUCUUCGCCUCUCUUCCUCCUUCCAUCGCCUCAUCUCAUCCAUCACUCUCCACUUUCUCUCCAUCCGAGAAGCACAAUUUCCUAUUGCAUUAAUCUAUCACUUACUCACACUUAACAACAUUUUCACCUAAUGUGUUAAUGCUGCUCAAUCAUCCAGGUAAGUAAAUCCAAAAAAGCUGAUUCUCUUCAUCUGGACUCAGAGUUUUCAGAGGGAGAAAUAUUUCGUCACUUCUUCAGCCCAGCUGACUCCAGGUUUCCCCAACCUUAUAAACAGUACAUUUGUGCAAAUCGAUGUGGAGAUGCUGUGGUUUAGACUCAGCGUUCCCUGAUUUGUUGUCCUCGUAGUUCUUCCACACACAGCGGUCACUAACCUCCAGUCAGGGAUCUUGUCCUGUGUGAGAAAACUCCUCCCUACCUUACAGUUGUUACCAGGGAUGUUUCAUAUUCAUGCUGAUGGCAUCUUUAACAGACACCCUGUUAUCAUACAUGUGAGGCCAAGCAGCCUCUCCUGACUGAAACUGUGUUUUGUAAACGUGCAGUAAUUUACCUUCAACACUCACUUCAACUCUUUGUAUCCCUCUUAGUUAUCCCUUCACACAUGAUACUUGUACCCUGUUAAUGAGUGUAUCAACUCUAUUAGAAGCAUACAUUGCAAUUAAUGUUAAAAAACGUAAUUUAAAACAUAUUUCUAACACAGCUUCAUCACAGCUGUCAGAUAUUUUAUUCACAGUCAGUCGGCUCCAUUUCUGUUCUAUUUCUGUUCAUUGUUGUGUUUCUGGUUUUCUCCUGAAGUCCAGACUCAGUAUUUUCAGCAUUCAGCAGUCUGCUCACAAUAAAAAUGUUUAGUUGUGUUAAGCUGCAGCACUUAGAUAAAUCAUCAUGAUGCAUGUGCUUUCAGUGUUUAUCAAUGAAGGACAAGUUUUCUGUAAGCAGUCCAGACAGCAGCUGAUAAUCACUGAUGUCACACCUACUGUUGGAGCUAUUUGUUCUUUAUUUUUAUUAUUUUGAAAUUAAAGUUUGUUGUUAGUUUACUUAUAUUUUGGGGUUUAUUUACAAGUUUAUUUGUUGGUUAAUAUUUUGUUUCAAUGUUUUGUUUGUUUGUUGUUAUUUUGUUAAAUUAGUCAGUAAGAGCUGUAGGGCCAUUUUGUUUCUAUAAAUAAAGAGACUGGCAUAGGACCAGCAUGCAUUGGGGUGGGCCUAUGGUUUUUUACCAGAGCAGGAGAAGCAGCAGGAAGGAUCUUGUUAUUGCUUGCCAAACUGGAUAAAUAAACCGUAAAAACGCAACUUUCAAGUUUGGACAAUGGACUUCUUUUGCCUGCGUACGAAAUAUUACCUCAGUGCAGCAGUGGCUUGUGGACUUUAAAUUGUGGGACGUUAGUUUUGUCAAAGGUAAAGGAAUUGCCACUACAUAAAGUAAAAAACCUGCCCUGUGGACAAAGGAAUAAUCCUUCAUUAAUGGAUAUGUUGGAUAUAAGGAUUUCAAGGACCACCGUCGAACUUGAGUAAAAGUUAUUGGAUCGUCUGGUGAGUAAUCCAGACGGAUUUGAUGUUGAGGCCUGGAUCAACAUGUCACUCGUUCAUCAAAAUUGUUGAGUGAUAAUAUUGUUUAAGCCGUAAAGGAAAACGGUGAAGCUAUUGGAGUUUAAAGACAUUAUUUCACUACAAAGACUGAUGAACUGAGUUUUGAUGUACUAAAUUGGUGCAUAAUUGGAUCGCUAAUUGAAACAUGCCAACGCCCUCUGUGGAAAUGUUUGUUCACUGCAAUCAGCCGGUAAAUAGAUGUCAUGUUUGUGCUCUAUGCUCUGGAUUCUCAGUGUGCUGUGCAUCUUUAUAAUGUUUGAAAUAAUCCAAGAGGACAAUAAAAAUGUCGGAUAUUAAGAGUAAACAAGAGGAUGACACUAAGAUGCAAGCAGAGAAAAGAAGCAUCAAAUUUACGCCAAAGGGUUUGUAUUUGUAUAUAAAGACGUGCCAAGAAAAGCGGCGUUCAAUGUGUAAGCAAGCAUCUAAGUACAUGGGGAAAAUUUCUGCUUUAAUGACGUCACAUGAGAACGUUAAGGAAGUGUCUUCUGAAUUUGGGAAGUUUAUUAAAUGCUAUCAAGAUGCAAACGCUUUGCAAGAAUCCUUUUUAAGUUUGCCACUGCCAGAAGAUGAAGUGACAAGGCAAACCGCACAUUUUCAGUCUAAGGUGACAGCAUUCUCUGGUUUUAUGGACAAAGUAAAGGUUUGGUUGCAGGAAGCAGGCGAGCCGUAUACUGAACAAAGCAAUACUGCUCUUAAUGAUCAAGCUGUUGAAAGUUUGGAUGAAAUAAAUCCUGAAGACAGUGUCUCUAACAUCUUAAGUGUAAAGCCACCUUCAAAAACAUUGUCACAGCGAAGUCGAAUUUCAUCAACAUCUUCCGCACGCAUUAAAGCUGCGGCUGACAAGGCAGCGCUCAUGGAGCGACUCGCUGCAUUAAAGAAAAAAACAUUCUAUCGAAGCGCAAGAGGAAAAACUGAGAAAAGAAAAGGAAAAACUGAGAAAAGAAAAGGAGACAUUAUCCUUGGAAACAGAGCUGGCAGCCACUAAUGCAAAGCUUCGUGUCUUAAAAAUAAACUCAGUUUGUAGCUCUGAGCGUUCUGAUGGAAUGAACUCUUAUUUUGAAAGAGGGCACGUACAAGAGGCGCCUAGUUUAAAUCCUUGUGCCGAUACAUUUGUUCCAGCAUCAAGAGAUUACUCUGGUAUAAAUUCUGCAUCUGAAUCACAAGUAAUCAUACCAAGACAAAGUCAAACCCAACAUGAGGUGGAUGAUUGAGCUCAAGUGACGCAGCAAACACAGCCUCAGUCUCCUACUUUGACUGAGAAUUGCACGAAGGAGAUUGUAAAUAUUAUGCAAAAACAAAAUGAUAUCACUACUUUGCUUGUAAAACAAAACUUAUCUUCUGUCCUCCCCGCCAGAAACAUCCCUGUGUUUGAUGGAGACCCUUUACAGUACAGGUCAUUUAUGAAUGCCUUUGAAAAUGGAGUGGAAGCUAAAACUGAUAACUGGAGCGACUGUUUGCAUUUUUUAGAGCAGUUCACUAGGGGGCAGCCUAGAGACUUGGUGCAUAGUUGUCAGCAUUUAUCUCCUGAGCAGGGCUAUUCCACAGCCAAAGAUCUUCUUGAAGAACAUUUUGGGAACGAAAAUAAAAUUGCCUCUGCAUAUAUGGAGAGGAUUGUGAGUUGGGCACCUAUUAAAAGUGAGGAUGUGAAAGGUCUACAGUCAUUCUCUCUUUUUCUUCAAGGAUGUUCGAAUCUAACACAGCAAGUUGUUUAUAUGAAGGAGUUGGAUUUGCCCUCAAACAUGAGAAUGGUCGUUAUGAAACUUCCAUAUAAAUUGAGGGAAAAAUGGAGAGUUGUUGCAUAUGAACUGCAGGAACAAAAUGGUUAUAGAGCAGUGUUCACUGAUCUGGUUGCCUUUAUAAUAAAACAGGUAAAAGUAGCAUCAGAUCCAGUGUUUGGCAACAUCCAAGACUCACAAUCUGGAAGCAGCUUUAAAGCUUCAAGUUCCACCAAGCAAAGAAAAAAGGGAAGUAGUUUUGCCACUAAUGUCAGUACAGUGCCAGGAAUCAAAACUCAGUUAACUGGAAGCAGAACAAAUUCCACUGUUCUGCAUAGUUGUUUGUUUUGGUCACACAGCAAUCAUUCACUAGAGAAUUGUAAGCAGUUUAAAGCUAAAACGCAUCGGGAUAAGUUGACUUUUAUCAAGGAAAGGGGAAUUUGUUUUGGUUGUUUAAAAGUUGGUCACACAAGCAAAGACUGUAGGAGUCGUUUGGAUUGCAACGUGUGUCACCAAAAGCACCCAGGGGUUCUUCACAUAGAGCGAAAAGAUCCAGGUGCGUCCUCAGAACAAACUCAACAGAUGACAAGCUCUAAUGUCAACUUUUCAACUGCAACCACUCAGACAUGUGGGCAUAUUGGGGCCGGUCAUGAAGUUGAUGCAGUUUUUUCUAUAGUUCCAGUGCAAGUUAAGAGCCAAAAGAGCAAUAAAAUUGUGCAAACCUAUGCGUUUUUGGAUCCUGGAAGUUCAGGUACAUUCUGUACAGAAACUCUGGCAAAAAGACUGAAUCUAAAAGGUAAAAAGACCAAUAUCCUUUUGAGAACAAUGAGUCAAGAUAGGAUUGUUAGUGCACAAGUUCUGUCUGGUUUGGAAGUGUCUGGGUUGGAAACGAAUUAUUUCAUGCCGUUGCCAGAUGUUUUGACUCAAAAGACUAUGCCAGUUUCUACAGUCAAUAUUCCCCAGCAAGGCGACAUCGAUCAGUGGUCUCAUCUUAAACCUGUUAAACUUCACAACAUUAAUGCUACUGAUGGGCACUGAUGCUUCCAAUGUUUUAGAGCCAUGGAAGGUGAUAAACAGCGUGGAUGGUGGACCUUAUGCUGUAAAAACAAAGGUUGGCUGGGUCAUAAAUGGUCCCCUGCGCACUGGAAGUAACAGUGGAAAUAAAACCAACUGCACUGCUGUAACAGCCAAUAGGAUUUCUGUUGAGCGUCUUGAAGAAAUGUUGAUUAAACAGUACAAUCAUGAUUUUAAUGAAAGAUCAUCAGAGGAGCAGAAUGAAAUGUCCAGAGAGGAUCUGUGUUUCAUGGAUAUUGUUAGUAGUUCAAUAAAGCUUAUUGGAAAUCAUUAUCACAUUGAUUUGCCUUUCAGGAGAGAAGGUCCCAGCUUGCCAAAUAACCUCUGUGUCGCGGAGCAGCGUCUCCAGAGUCUCAGACGGAGAUUUGAAAAGUAUGCUCAUUAUAAGGAUGAAUACACCAAAUGUGUAAACAACAUGCUUGCACAAGGAUAUGCCGAGUUUGUGCCUGCAGAUGAGUUGCACAAAGAUGAUGGAAAGGUGUGGUACAUCCCUCAUCAUGGAGUGUAUCAUCCCACAAAGGGCAAGUUAAGAGUUGUAUUUGACUGUGGAACAACUUAUAAAGGAGCAUCAUUGAACAGUCAGCUUCUACAGGGACCUGAUCUCACAAACUCGCUGGUUGGAGUUCUGAUCAGAUUUAGACAAGAGCCUGUUGCAUUAAUGGCGGACAUUGAUUCCAUGUUUCACCAGGUGCACGUCUCAGAAAAACACGUCAACUUUCUCCGUUUCCUGUGGUGGCAACAUGGCGACACUACAAGGUCAGCCCAGGAAUACAGGAUGAAAGUGCAUUUGUUUGGAGCAGUAUCUUCACCAAGCUGUGCAAAUUAUGCUCUACAGAGAACUGCAGAUGAUAAUGCACAACAGUUUCCAGCUGAAGUGGUUGAUACAGUCAAAAGAAACUUUUAUGUGGAUGAUUGUUUGAAAUCUGUUGCUUCAGAAGAGGAGGCAGUGCACAUGGUGAAGAGGCUGACAGAUAUCUGCGCUAAAGGAGGAUUUAAGCUUUCAAAAUGGAUCAGCAACAGUCGCACAGUGCUCAUGUCAAUCCCAGAGGAAAGAAGAGCAAAAGAAAUUAAGGAUCUGGAUUUGGACACAAAUCAACUUCCAGUUGAGAGAGCACUGGGUUUGCAGUGGUGCAUAGAAACAGACAAGUUCCAGUUCAAAACCUCCUUGCAGGACCGUCCAACAACCAGAAGGGGCAUUUUGUCUGUGGUCAGCUCGCUGUAUGAUCCUUUGGGAAUCUUGUCUCCCUUCAGUAUGCCAGCUAAACUGUUGCUACAAGAGCUUUGCCGACAAAAUUUGAAGUGGGAUGAAGUUAUUCCCCACUCUCUUUCCCAGCGGUGGCGUGAUUGGCUGGAGGAUCUCCAGCUGAUUUCAAAGUUCAAAGUGGAACGUUGCAUUAAACCAACUUGCUUUGGAAGACUAGAUAAGGCACAACUGCAUCAUUUUUCUGAUGCAAGUCAAGAUGGGUAUGGAACGGUGUCAUAUUUAAAGUUGGAGAAGAAUAACAUCACGCAUGUUGCUUUUAUCCUGGGAAAGGCAAGAGUUGCUCCUCUCAAGCAAACUACAAUUCCCAGGCUGGAAUUGACGGCUGCAGUUCGAGUGAAUAUGCUUCUGCAAAAAGAGCUGCAGAAUCGCUGUCAUCCGAGAAGCAACAGAUGUGAAUCAGUGGAGAGAUGUUUCUUCCAAGGAGAAUCCUGCAGAUGAUGCAUCCAGAGGCAUGAGAGCUGGAGAUUUCCUCAAAUGUAGAAGAUGGAUAAAAGGGCCAGAAUUUCUUUAUAGGUCAGAAAAGGAAUGGCCUAAACUGGAUGUGGAGUACCGUGUAAUUUCUGCAGAUGA